AGUGUGGAGUCGACCGUUCACUGCGCUGUAAAUCCCGAUAACCGCACGCGCGUUCACACACACACACACACACACACAGAGGAGAGUAAAGUGGCGCAGGCGGAGUGUGUGUGUGUGUUUGCUGCACACACAGAUGGAUUUCUAACACUUUAAUCCGGGUGUUUUAUUUGUUUUAUAAAGUUUGAAGUCGGAAGGUUCGUAAGUUUAGAGCGGAUUUUCACCGAGUCUCAGACUUCACACACAACACUGAGAGUGUGUGUGUGUGUGUGUGUGUGUGUGUGUGUUAACUCCACUAAUAACACGGUCCUUUGGUGGAGUUGUAGGACAUCACUUCCUGGACACUUUGGAUCCAACCUGCUACAUGCUAACAGCUAACACAGCCUAGCCUCAUCAUAAAGGCAUAUGCUUUAGAUUUUUUACUUUUGUGAAAAUCUUGUCACUCGUUUAAAAAAAUGGACAGUGAUGUUUCAUGACAUCACUUCCUGAAGGUUCUGGACACUGAACGUAUAAUAGAGUCGACUGGAGAAGUACAGUACCACUUACCUUUAACAGGAACACACUUUCCGGCUGAAUUAGCAGUCUGUCAGAAUAAAGGAAGUAGCUGUGUUGUUGCCAUGCCAAUCCUGAAGCAGCUGGUCUUGGGUUCGUCAGGGUCGAAGCGCAGCUCUCGUGCUGACCUAACGGUGGAAAUGAUUAGCGCACCGCUCGCUGAUUUCCGCCACACCAUGCACAUAGGCCGUGGAGGGGAUGCCUUCGGAGACACAUCCUUCCUCAGUGCGCCGCAUCAAUCAGCCAAUCAGGUGCAAAAGAACGGGCUUCUGGCACGCAAGUUCAGAGGCAGCAAACGCUCGCAGUCUGAGAGAAACUCCAGUGCUAAGAGCUACAUGCUGCCAGCUAACAGUGCUAUCUCCCUGCCUUACGUGAGUGAAGAUCAGGACGUGACACCCUGCCUUCCGCAAAGCACCUCCUUAAAUUUUCCGGAAAUUAAUGGAAAAACAGCAGUGAUGGGUGGGCGGAGCUUAGAGGUGGAGGAGCAGCGUUUCGGGGAGCCCAGUGGACUCCCCAUGUUCACACCACCCUCUGGUACAGGAAUGAAACAUGCAGAGUCCAUGCUGUCCUUCCACAUCGACCUCGGGCCCUCCAUGCUCGGAGACGUCCUCGGCGUCAUGGACCAGACCGAGCGGGACCGACAGAACCUCACAGAAGAUCAGAGGCAGGGCUGGAAGGUGCCAUGCCCACUCAAGAGUGUGUCCACAUCCAGCCCUGAACUAAAGGAGAAGAAAACACAAAAAGAACACGAGAGUGAGCCACGGAGCACUACAAACAGCAUUAACAUCAACGACAAAGACUUCCUGUUCAUGGACGAGGACGAAGAUGAGAUCAGAGUGUGAACAUGAUUUAACACUUAGUACAGCACAUCAGGAGCACAGGAACGGAGGAGACAGCAGCAUCUGAGUCGGAGUGGACUUUUUUAUUAAGUGUAUUAGCUGAAGUGUGAAGAAUAUGAGAUCUUCAAAUGCACACACACACAAGCACGCACGCACACGCACACACGGAGACAGUUUUUAUUGGUGGUGCUAAGAUUUUAAUAAUUAAAGUUCAGUGCCAAAAAAUUGUUUAGAAUGUUCCUGAAAGAGGAACACUAGGUGGUGUACCACUGCUCUGAACUCGCCAGAACCUCGGACCUGGCAUCGCUGUGAUGUCACACCCUCAGCUCACAGCCCCUCUGAACCAGACCUUUUGGACUAAACUGAUGCAAACACAACAAGGCAGUGGCAAUAAUUCAGUAUUACAGGCGCCUAAAAGCAAAUCAUAAAUUCUGUUUUGCACUUAUAUGGAAUUGAGUUUGUUUGAGCUGCUAACGUGAAUCAGGUUCAGACAGGACGCAGAAGGACAAUUUGAUUUGAUUAUUUAGAUUUCUACAACAUGAUCAGAAACUUUAGAGUUUUUCAGGGAAUUAAUAUUAUGUUUUAAUAUAUUUUGGACAGAAAUGUGAAAUUAUUGUAGUAACUGCCUCAGGCCCUGUCCACACAUAUAAGAAUAUUUUGGAAAACAUACACUAUAUGGUCAAAGGUUUGUGGACACCUGACCACCCACCCAUAUUUGCUUGUUGAGCAUCCCAUUCCAGAUUUAUUCCCCUUUUGCUCUUAGAAAGCCUUUAAUUGUUAGAUCUAUAUUACAGUAAAGCAAAAUUCUUCUCUUUGCAUAUCCCAGUCCCCUGGAGCAGCGCUUGCUCAACAGUUCCCCACAGUGGUAGCUUGGCAGGGUUGGGGCUUGAACCCCCAACCUUCUGGCCAGUGACCCAGAGCCUUUAACCACUAAGCCACCACUGCACCCAUUUGGUUAUAAAUGAGCUCCACUCUUCUGGGAAGCUUUCCACUAGAUGUUGGAGCGUGGCUGUGGGGAUUUGUGUUCAUUCAGCUACAAGAGCAUUAGUGAGGUCAGGCGCUGAUGUUGGGAUGUCGAGGAGGUCUGGGGUUCAGUCGGUGUUCCAGUUCAUCCCAAAGGUGUUCAGUGGGGUUGAGGUCAGGGCUCUGUGCAGGACACUCGAGUUCUUCCACUCCAACCUUCACACACCAUGUCUUCAUGGAGCUCGCUUUGUGCACAGGGGCAUUGUCAUGCUGGAACAGGUUUGAGUCUCUUAGUUCCAGUGCAGGGAAACUGUAAAGCUACAGCACACAGAGACACUCAAUGCAACUAUGUGCUUUUAUCUUUGUGGUAACAGUUUGGGGAAGAACCACAUAUGGGUGUGAUGGUCAGGGGUGCACAUACUUUUGGCCAUAGAGUGUAAGUGUGGCCUGACAAUGAGGUGGAAAUAAUGCUAAAUAAUACACUUGAGUCUUAUCUAAAAUCUCAGUUUGCAGUGUGGGUUGUAGCGCCAGAACUCAAGAGCAGUACAGCAUGUAUCACAUUCUGUCUUCUCCAGAUGAGGGUGUAAUAUUCAAACAAAGUGAAAUUAAAUUACAAACACGUUAUCAAAUAAGAAAUUACAGACCACAAAGUAAAAACCUGAUCAGCAACUGUGAUGAACGGGAUAGUAGCACGUUCAUAACACAUGCAAAACGCUGUGACAUCAUCUUUUUCAAAAACAUGCAUUUUUUAAUUUUCUCCAUUUUAGAGUGUGGUUUAGAAAAACCAUUUUAAGCGGCCAAAAAUGCAGUUUUCUUGUGAAGGAGACAAAACUGCAGAGAAAAAAACACAGUUUCAAAGAUCUCAUUUUCAAACAUUUUCAAAAAUGAUGAGAUGAGACUCUGGGCGAUGAGACUUAGAUCAACAAGACCACGUAACUGGUUCUUGGUGUAACCAUACGUUGUGGCGUAACAAAACUUUGCAUAACGAGACUCUGUGAGAUGAGACUCUGGGCGAUGAGACUCUGUGAGAUGAGACUCUGGGCGAUGGGACUCUGUGAGAUGAGACUCUGUGAGAUGAGACUCUGGGCGAUGAGGCUCUGUGAGAUGAGAUUCUGUGAGAUGAGACUCUGUGAGAUGAGACUCUGUGAGAUGAGACUCUGGGCGAUGAGACUCUGUGAGAUGAGACUCUGGGCGAUGAGACUCUGUGAGAUGAGACUCUGUGAGAUGAGACUCUGUGAGAUGAGACUCUGUGAGAUGAGACUCUGGGCGAUGAGACUCUGUGAGAUGAGACUCUGUGAGAUGAGACUCUGUGAGAUGAGACUCUGUGAGAUGAGACUCUGGGCGAUGAGACUCUGUGAGAUGAGACUCUGGGCGAUGAGACUCUGUGAGAUGAGACUCUGGGCGAUGAGACUCUGUGAGAUGAGACUCUGUGAGAUGAGACUCUGGGCGAUGAGACUCUGUGAGAUGAGACUCUGGGCGAUGAGACUCUGUGAGAUGAGACUCUGGGCGAUGAGACUCUGUGAGAUGAGACUCUGUGAGAUGAGACUCUGGGCGAUGAGACUCUGUGAGAUGAGACUCUGUGAGAUGAGACUCUGUGAGAUGAGACUCUGGACGAUGAGACUCUGUGAGAUGAGACUCUGGGCGAUGAGACUCUGUGAGAUGAGACUCUGGGCGAUGAGACUCUGUGAGAUGAGACUCUGGGCGAUGAGACUCUGUGAGAUGAGACUCUGGGCGAUGAGACUCUGUGAGAUGAGACUCUGUGAGAUGAGACUCUGGGCGAUGAGACUCUGUGAGAUGAGACUAGGUGUUGGACAUUUUGUGGUGUAAAGUGACGUUCUGGAAAUACACAUGCAGUUAUUUUUAGCUGUCAGUGUGGCAUUGUGUAAGAAGUUCGGUGUGUUUUUGUUAGCUAUGCGCUAGCCAUUAUCUAAGAUGAUUGGAGAUGAUUCCUUUAUAAUAAUCAUUUUUAGCAGUGACCUGUUUAGCAGUUUAGCUCUUGAGGCAAAAUGGUUCUAUCUAGAACCUUAAAUGUUUCCUGAUUUCUUCCUUCACAUUGUGUUUGUUCCUAUGAAAAGGUACAUUAAUUUAGGAGAAUGGUGAAUUAUGGGAAAUUUAGAAUAUUUUACAGCACAUUGUUAGCGUAAUACAUGCAGUUACGGUAACUGUGUGUAGGAAUUUUCUUACUCAUGACACGUGAUGUUUUAAGGGGUUGUUUUGGGAAAUGAAAAUGUAAGAUACACAUAUCAUGGUGCUGAUGCACUACACUUUUGUCAGUAUAACCUGAACAUUUUAUGGUGUAUUCUGGGAAGUUAAGGGAGUUUUUUUUAGUUUUUAUUUUAAUUAAUUAAUUAUUAUUAUUUUUUUUUGCAGCAUCAGCAGGUAAUUAAUGACACUGUUUGUAAUACAUUCAUGACAAUAUUAAUGAAUAUAGUAUUUUAAUGACUAUUUAAACAUUAAUAUUAUUUUUUUAAUUAAAGCUCUCUGUAAUAAUAGUUUGUAGUCAGUGUGCUGCUGUGUGUUUUACAUAUUUAUCAUUUUUCUUUGAGAUCUAUGAAGCUUUUACUUUUUUCUGCUGUUUCUGUGUCAUUAUAAUGAUUAUAAUAUGAUAAUUCAUUCCACUGACCUGAGCUUUUAUGCUGAACAAGUAAUGCUUCUAUUUUUUAAUAAAAUAUAAAAAGCUGGAGAACUUUUAUCAUGUGUUCAGUGUGUGUUUUACAGUACAGCUGUCACAAGAUUUAAAAAAGCACAUUUACGUAUGUUAAUUUAAAGCCAAUCAAACGAGUCAGAGUGCCAGAUGGCUCUCUGUUCAUGCAAAAUUAUGCAAAUGAGCUAUGAAAAUUAUUGCAGGAUUUAAUGAACAAAAAACAAGAGCUAGAGAAGUUUAUUUAUAUGAUAAUAAUUCUAAUUAUAAUUAAACUUUAAAUCUUCCAUUUGGACUAUACAAAUAUAUUGACAUUUAUGCUAAUGAGCUCUUAGAA